CCUGAGGCGGGAGAGGCAGGUAGUGGUGUGGUCCUUUAAAUGUGUUGUUCUUCUUAUAAACCCUUUAAUUAAACACCCAAAAGCAGUAAGAGAGAGAGGAGUGUGAGUGAAAAUGAGGGAAAGAGAAAAACCACAAAAGCCAUCAGGUGGUGCAGACAAAACAAGAACCAAAACAUCUACAAGCAAAACAUCCACAUCAAGGACCCCAGGGGCAUCCACAUCAAGGACCCCAGGGGCAUCCACAUCAAGUACCCCAGGGGCAUCCACAUCUAGAGCCCCAGGAGCAUCCACAUCAAGAACCCCAGGGGCAUCCACAUCAAGAACCCCAGGGGCAUCCACAUCAAAAACCCCAGCGGCAUCCACAUCCAAAGCAUCAUCAUCAACCAAAGGUGUAACAUCUAAAGCACCAUCACCAUCAACCAAAUCUUCUAAGACACCUGCACCUAAAACAUCAUCAUCAUCCAAAACAUCAUCGUCAACACCAAAAUCAUCAUCAACACCCAAAUCAUCAUCAUCGACCUCCAAAACAUCCUCAUCAACCCCUAAAUCAUCAUCAACACCCAAAUCAUCAUCAUCUACCUCGAAAGCUCCAUCCACCUCAUCCAGAACAAAGCCAGCAGUGUCCUCUACCUCCAGAACUCGUCCAGCGCUAGAGAAACCAACACCCGGCAGCACCAAGACAACAGCCAGUAGCAGCAAGUCUGAUCGCAAAAGUUCAAACACAGAAGACAGAAGUAGAGGACGACGGGAGCCAAGCAGAGGACGACGGGAACCAAGCAGAGGAGAAAAACUAGAAAAUGGUGUAGUGAAGGGGGAGAAACUGUCCUCCAGGCCCCCUAGAGGGGACAAAGCCUCGUCCAGUCAGAGUAGAGGGAAGAAACCAGUGAGUGAUCGUGCUGACAAACGGGAGAGCAACACUUCUGGUGACCGAGAGAGAGGGAAGGAAAGGUCCAGUAACUCCAAGAGCCGCAGAGGGGAAGGUUCAUCUAGUCAAAGAGACCCUGGGACUGGGAGAAGUACAGGCAGCAAUGAACAAGACAGCAAAGAAAGGACCUCGUCUGAUAAAACUCGUCCUGAGAGAGACAAAGACAACAGGAAGUCGAAUAAAGAAAAGAAGAACAAGGAGGAGCGGAGGAAAGAGAAGAACUCUGGGUCAAAGGGGAAGUCGUCUGAGAAAGAGCGCAGCAUUGUGCCAAAUAAUGAGGAUUUUGAUGUUGAAGCUCAAGACUCAGGUGUGGAGGGGGUGAGUAUAAUACCGGCAACUAUGAGUGAGCUGCCCAGUAAGCAGGAGGUGGAGGUCGUGGAACACACCCAGAACAGCCUCGAGACAAUGGAGUCAGGAAUCUCGCUGUCAUCACCUCGAGAUUUAAGCGGAGAUGAAGUCGACAUCGAGGAAUCGAUAUCAUCAAAAAUGGUGGAAGUGGACGAGGUGGAGGAGGAAGAGAUGAACAAAUACACGGCAGGGAUGGAGGAUGAAAGUCUCUCACUCCGCGACACAGAGGCAGCCUACCCGGUCACCUCUCAGUAUGAUAACCCUGAAGCUGUGUCCUAUGUGAAGCCCCCGUAUGAGGAGGUCACUGAGGAGAAUGAUGCUGAUGAUUAUGACUAUGAGGAGGAUUUUGAGGACUAUGAAUCAGACUUUGAAGAUGACAGUGGUUCAGUGGAAGAAGAUGAAGAAGAGGACUCUGAAGAUGACUCUGAAGAUGAGGACAGUGAAAUAGAGCCCGUUGAUCCCGAGGUAGCUGCUGUCCUCCAGGCGUUACAGAAGGAGAAUAACUUUGAGCAAUACUUACAGCGAACCAACAGCAUAGAUAUUCCGGACCAAGAGGAAGAACAUUCAUUGACCCCUAAAUCAGUGACUGUGAUGGAACCCAUACCUGAACACUAUGAACAGCCAAAGUCUCAAGAAGAACCUCGCACCCCAGUUCAAAGACCAAAGACUUCUCGUACUUUUGUCAACUUUGCUGGAGCGCGGAGGAAACAAAUGGCAGCGCAGUUGUCAUCCAAAAUGAUGAGUCGAGGACAGAUUCUACUGAACAUGAUACAACUAGAUGCUGUCAGUAUGGAUCUCCUCACACUGUCUCCAAUAUCUUAUGAGGCUUAUAUAUCAAGUUUUGGUCACUCUAACAGACAACAGGUUAAUGUACAAACCAACGAUGACGCUCUGUGUGAGGAAGUACAAACAGACGAAAUAACAACACGCGACAAGUGGACACAGAAGCCUGUACAUAUCAGCAUAGGGAAGGAUGAGCAGUUACCAGGACCAGAGGAUUACAUGGGAGUGGGUGGGGACAUGGAUCUUGUUGACUAUUCCAGUGCAUCAAGCAAGAGCUCCAACACUGCCAGACUCACUUCAUUCCUCAGUUCAUCAUCACAGGUAAUGUUGGCAAUAUUAGAGGAGGAGCUAGUGUGGGACAUAGCAGAAGCAGACAACUUCGACCCAUCGUCCAGCUCAGGAGAAGGUCUUGGCUUCUCACAUCCUCCUAUACCUCUGGGUGCUAGUAUUAACUCUCUUCUGGAGGGACGACCAAUACCUUUCGCACAAUUCUGUGCCGUGGAAUCAACGGUGCUUCUCUCAGGGCAUGGCUACAGAGUUUUGGAAAAAGAAGAAGAAGAUGAUGGAGAAUUAAGCGAAAGUGGACUUGUGUGUAUAUGGACGGUGCAGGAACCAUCCCGGCCACAACACCUGUUAUGUUGUCGUGCUGCACCUACAGCUGCCACAUUCAGUCCGUCUCGGCCAUCCCUGGUGUUAACUGGGCUAGAAGAUGGUUCCCUGGCAGCCUGGGACCUGAGAGAACCACUCCAGUUCCACACACUCAAAACUGACAUUGAUGGUGUAAACUGGAGAGUCAGAGUACCUUCUUUUGUCACUGCAUGUGAUGAUGGUGGUGAUGGUGAAGGGAGUAAGAUUGUGGACAUUCAGACUGUUACUUCUCAACAAGACCUUGAAGUGGAUACAACUGAAGGGUCAUUCCAGGUGGUGACUCUGACAGGUGAUGGGAGAGUGACAUGGUGGGUGGUUGUGCGUGUGCCUCCUGUGAGUGCUGUUAUAGAUUUUGGUUUAAGCAGAAAGCACGGCAAUAAUAACAGUAAUAACAGUGGGGCGGGUGUGUCGCCACACCUGGGUGCAGCUCCAUGGGCAAGAAUUGCCGUUAAUCGUGCUGCAACUAUUAAUGUGGCAACUACACUUUAUGGUGAGACAUUGCUGGCAGGAGGCAUCACAUGUCAUAAGCUAGAAUUAGAUCCUAAUGACUCUGGUCAGCUUUACGUAGCCACUGGAAGUGGUGCCGUAGCUCGCUGUUCACGCCACACCCACAAGAUUCACCCCAAGUCUUAUGUACCAGAAAUUGAGCCUGGAUGUGAAGCUCUCUGUCUAGCACUGUGUCCACAUGACAUGCGGUACCUGCUGGUGGGGAGCGGCGAUGGUGUUGUGCGCCUGCAUAGUGUCAACACAGAGCGACCUCUCACCUCCUGGCAGUCUGCUCCAGAUUCGUCUCCAAUUGUAGAUUUACAGUGGUCACCUGCCCGUCCCUGUGUCUUUUAUGUGUUGGAUUCUCUUUCAAGGUUGCAUAUAUGGGACCUGAGUGCUGGUGACAUCUUCCCUGUGUUGACUUUGGAGUCUGGGGGACUUGUGAACGGUAACCUGAGUGCCUUCCACAUAGCUCCAACUCAGAUACCUUCUCAUCAUCCCGUUCACACUGUGUUUGCGAGUGAUGAAGGAGAGCUGAAAUUGAGGCAGGUGAGUCCAGAGUUCUGCACCUAUGAGCUUGUUGAUGAUUAUAAAACAGAACUAGAGAGGUUUACCUAUUACGUUAAUAUUAUAUAAGGUUUUGGUUUAUCAAGAGGACAUGUUGACGUAGUAACAGUUUUAGAGAGAUAUAAUUUUUGUAUGUAAUGUGCUGUACAGUUAAUGAGUGAGGAUUUUAUAAGAGUUUGACGAGGAAUCUUUCAAUAACAAGUACUUCACCUGUGUGUUUAUAAAAUAAAAAAUACAACUUAUUGAACAAACUGUAGUUGCUUUGAUUUGAUUAAAAAUUAUGUUCAGUUAAGAUAAAUAUAAAUUCUUAAAUAUUUUAAGAAAAAAAACAUUCUAAAAACAUUUGAUAUUUUACUGUUAAUCUGAUAUUGUUUAGUUAUCCUCUAUAAUUGAUCAAUCAUAAGCUGUUGAGGUAAAUACAGCACUGAAUAUAUAAUACUGAGAGAAACUGUACAGCACUGAGAUAUGAAGAGCAAUACUGAUGUUAAAUUCUUAAAGAGUUACUGUAAGAUAAACCUAAGGUGAAUUUGUUCAUUAUAAGAGUCUUGAUGGAUCUAUUGAACAAAAGCUAGUGAAAAUCAAUACUGUACUGAACCAAAGAAAGACUAGUAUUAUAUUUGCUCUAUGCUGUACUGUACCCAGCAUUAAGUCCUCUUUGCAGAUCUAUGCAGUGAUCUAGUGAAGUAAAAUGUUCCUGGAUGACAAAAGCCUUAGUUUCUCUCUGAUAAAGUUCUCUUCACUGUUUGCUAUAUGGCUAGCAUACUGUGUAGGAGUAACUUGGCUUAUUUCAUUGAUAUAUUUUAAGACCUUUUUCUUCUCUUUUAUUAAACAAUGUGGAAAGAUCAUAUGUGAUGGGGUAAUGCACAUUUAACCUCCCUUGUCAUUGUUCCUUUGUUGAAAAAGAUUUAUGGGCCGUCCAGGAUUAAGUAAGACUAACUGUCCGUCCAUUACUUAGGCAAAAUGUGCCAGGUAUUUUACACAGUAGAGAAAUGUUACUCUUCUAAAAUUACUGUAUUAUUAUCUUGUUCAUCAGAGCCAUUCUAUUGAUGACAAAUGAUUCUCUUUCUGAUGCUUAUUGAGCUCACAGAAAUUCUUCCCCAUGUGAUAUAAUUCCCUCCAGCAAUGUUCCUCAUCUUUAUCACUGCUGUAUUGGUGAUCAUAUGCAAGUGGUCCCUGUUGUGUACACUCACUCCAAAAAGUAUCUUAUGAAUUUUUGUAAGACAACAUGACACAAUGGACGGAGGAAUUUGAUAAUUAUACAGAGAUGACAAGAGUUGCAAUGUUCAUUUUGAAAUUCAUCGGACCCCUCCAUAAAGAUACUUUUUUGGAGUGAGUGUACGGUACUUGUAAAUAAGUUGUAAUAGUGAAGAACUUGGCUUAGAGGUAAAAAAAAUAAUGUAGGAAAGGCAGUAUUUAUAUUUCAUUGGUGUGACUGUAUACAAUACUUUAUGGAGGAGUUAUAAGAUCAGUGUUCAUUGUGCCUACACUGGUGAGGAGUCAUGGAGCCAAGUUUACCUGAUCUUCUGUUAAAGCUUCUCAAUAAAGUAGUGAGUUUGGCUGAUAAAUCUUUAAAUAACUAUGAAUGUGCCAAUUUUUUUCCAUAUAUUAUUUGUACUUCUGAUUUCAUGAUUGUUUUUAUCAUUAAUUUCAGCUAUUGUAAUUAUAUACUUAAGUCAAACAAGAAGUUGGUUUUUCAUUUAAGGGUGGACAUUAAUGCUCACUGAUAUAUUAUUAACAUAAAAAUAUACUAUACAUUCCUU